AGAAAAUGGAGGAAUGGGAGAUUCAGGUUGAAGAUGAAGCAAGAUACAUGAUGGAUGAUUCAAGAGAGAUGGACCACCUUAGGCGACGGUGCAUCUACAGAGUACCAGCCUUCAUUGCAGAUCAAAACCACAAAGCCUACAGACCUCAAACAGUGUCAUUCGGGCCUUACCAUCACGGUGAGGUUCAUCUGAAGCCAAUGGAGUAUCACAAGCAGCGUUCUCUCAUUCAUUUCCUUCGGAGGAGACAAACGCCUCUAAAAUUCAUUAUCGAUUCCUUCCGUCAAGUGGCAUAA